AUGGACUUCUUCCCGAGGAACUUGUCCUUCCUGCAGGUCUGCUACACUUCCAUCACUCUGCCAAAAAUGCUGCUGUGUCUCCUGAGGGCAGAUGGCAGGAUCCCCUUCCUUGGCUGUGCUGCCCAGCUGUAUUUCCUGGUUCUGCUGGGCAGCACCCAAACGUUUUCCCUCCCCACCAUGAUGUGCUACGACCGCUACGUUGCCAUCUGCAAACCCCUGCACUACGGGACCCUCCUGGGCUGCAGAGCUUGUGCCCACAUGGCAGCAGCUGCCUGGGCCACUGGCUUUCUCUAUUCUCUGCUGUACACAGCCAGUACAUUUUCCCUGCCCCUGUGCCAGGGCAAUGCCCUGGGCCAGUUCUUCUGUGAAAUCCCACACAUCCUCAAGCUCUCCUGCUCACACUCAGGCUACCUCACGGAACUUGGGCUCACUGUCCUUAGUGCCUGUUUAAUAUUUGGUUGUUUUGUUUUCAUUGUUUUCUCCUAUGUGCAGAUCUUCAGGGCUGUGCUGAGGAUCCCCUCUGAGCAGGGACGGCACAAAGCCUUUUCCACGUGCCUCCCUCACCUGGCCGUGCUCUCCCUGUUUGUCAGUACCUCAUUCUUUGCCUACCUGAAGCCCCUCUCCAUCUCCUCCCCACCCCUAGAUCUUAUUGCGUCAGUUCUGUACUCAGUGGUGUCUCCAGCACUGAACCCCCUCAUCUACAGCCUGAGGAACCAGGAGUUCAAGGAUGUCCUGAGGAAACUGAUAAGAGAGUGUUUUUCACAAGCAAUUAACUCUUUCUUCUGCAUAUUAUAUACCUCAUUAAAGGCCAAUUCUGUUAUGGACUUCAGUAAAGGCCCACCAUAG